AUGACCUCCCGCCAUAAAAGCGCAGCAAAGACGUCGGAAUGGAAAGAAGGGAGAAGCAACGCAGGUUACGACGAUGAGGAUAUGAUGCCCACAGGUAUGGACACUGAUGUUUACAGCUCAAAGAAGGAUUACAAGAACGACCCUUCAAAUGGAAAUAUGCGUCUUUCUGACCAAAAAGCUCAAAAUAGUGACGGAUGUUUGCACGCAAUAAAGAGAGGCUUCAGAUCUAUUUGGGCUACUAAGCAGACGGAAGAAACUGCCCACAACCAGGAUUUGAGAAUCAAAACUACUCUGCGUGAACUUGUCAUUUAUUGCGUCUUUCUGGCAAUACUUUGCAUAAUAACAUUUGGGAUGACCAGCUCCACGAUGUAUUAUUACACAAAUGUGAUGAACUCUUUGUUCAUUCAAACUCCUGGCGACCCAAGCAAUCUCGGUUCCAACUUCCUCGGCAUUAACCUACCUGGAGAUCUUUUUGAUGUUUGUAUUUAUGCAGAAAAAGUUCUGCUGCCCGGCUUAUAUCGGGAUUGGGAAACCUGGUACAACAACAACACCAUGGACCCCGACAUAUAUGGUUACAUUUAUUACGAAAAUAAAUUGCAAGGAGUUCCAAGAUUGCGCCAGGUGAGAGUGAGGAAUGAUUCAUGUCGUGCGCCCGAUAAUAUGAAAAACCAGAUCAAAGAUUGCUAUGCGGCGUAUUCCUCAUCGGCCGAAGACACUCGUCCAUACGGUCUAGGAAUUGGAACUGCUUGGACUCACAGCAAUUUGGGCUCAAACGUCAGAGCACAAAUUAAUUCCUACGGUGGUGGCGGCUACUACGCCGACUUGAACACAACUGGCGACCUGUCCGAACAAGUUAUUGAUAAUUUAAAAACAAAUUUGUGGGUCGAUCGUGGAACCAGAGCUGUUUUCAUUGAUUUUACCAUAUACAAUGCCAAUAUAAAUCUCUUUUGUGUCAUUAAGUUGAUAGCUGAAUUUCCUCCAACUGGCGGCAUUAUUCCAUCUUACGAUUUUAGAACUGUGAAACUAAUUCGCUACAAUACGGCUUUUGAUUUUUUUGUUUUUGCCUGUGAAAUAAUAUUCUGUAUUUUCAUUUUAUAUUACAUUGGAGAAGAGUUCUUGGAGAUUAAAAAAUAUAAAUGGUCCUACUUGAAAGAAUUCUGGAACGUUCUCGAUAUUGUUGUAAUCUGUAUAUCUCUAUGUUGUAUAGCUUUCAACAUUUAUCGUUUUCUGGAGGUGAAGAAGUUGUUGGACUACAUGCUCUUGAAUCCAAACGUCUACAUCGAUUUUGACUACAUUAGUUACUGGCAGUCUGUCUUCAAUUCGGCACUGGCAAUCAUGGUGUUCUUUGCCUGGAUUAAAAUAUUCAAAUACAUCAGCUUCAACAAAACGAUGACUCAACUUUCCAGCACACUGGGAGCCUGUGCAAAAGAUUUGGGAGGAUUUUCAAUAAUGUUUUUUAUAGUGUUCCUCGCUUUUGCCCAGUUGGGCUACUUGCUGUUUGGAGCUGAGGUUUCAGACUUUAAUGCAUACGAAACGGCGAUAUUUACAUUGUUUCGCAUCAUCUUGGGAGAUUUCAAUUUUCAAGCACUUCAACAAGCAAACAGCAUUCUUGGUCCAACUUAUUUCAUUCUUUACGUCUUCUUUGUAUUCUUUGUACUGCUCAACAUGUUUUUGGCCAUUAUCAAUGACACUUAUUCCGAAGUGAAAGCUGAACUGGCCGAUCAGCCAAAUGAUAUUGAUGUCGCUGGAUAUUUCAAACAGAGAGCUAAUAAUGUUUUGACGAAACUCCAUUUGAGAAAAAACAAGAUAAUAGAAAUUCAAAGAGCUAUCACAACCGCAGAUGCCAAUGGAGACAGAAUGAUAGAUUUUGAUGAGUGGAGACAUGAUUUGAAAAUGCGCGGAUAUGCUGAAGCCGAAAUUGAAGCAGUUUUUGCUAAAUAUGAUAUAAAUGGGGAUCGCUUGCUUGAUGAAAGUGAAUUGUAUAAAAUGCAAGCCGAUUUGGAAGGACAGAAGGGUGUACAAGCCGUUAAAGUGGCCUUAGGAGAUAAAUCUCAAAGUUGUUAA